AUGGAUAACUUGAAUGGAUUCGUGAGGGGAGACAAUCAACUGAAUGAAGAGAAACCUCCUGCACGAGUGUGCCCACGGUGUAACUCUGACAAUACCAAGUUCUGUUACUUCAACAACUAUAGCUUGUCUCAGCCGCGCUACUCAUGCAAGAAUUGUCGUCGAUACUGGACUCAUGGUGGGGCUUUAAGGAAUAUACCAAUCGGUGGAAGUGGCCGUAAACCCAAGCGCUCAAAGAUAGAUCAACAAUCUGCUGAGAUCCAACAAGUUAAUCAUCACGAGUUUGGUAGAUCUUUUGGUGGUUCCUCUGAUGCUGUUGUUGAGAACCAUUUCGGUUUGCAUGAGAUUCAUAGUGAUAUGGUAACAAAUGUGCCUCCAGUAGGAAGUUUUCCACCAAUGGAGGCCUUAAAUAUCUCUCAAGAUUAUUAUGUCGUUGGAUCCAAUGAUUUGAUUGAUAAUCCUUUGCUAAAUCAAGAUGAUUCAAACAUAUGGAACGAGAGCUUCAACAACACUAUGAACAUGAAUCAUAAUGCAAGCACGAGUGGAAGAAGACGGUAUUGGUAA